UUCACUCUUUUCUUGGUUUUUCAUGUUACUUCUUGCAAUAAUUUUCUUUCAGAUUAAUGUGGUUUUGGCUUCUGGUCACUGUCAAAGCGACCAGCAAGAAUUGUUGCUUCAAUUGAAGAAUAGGCUCAACUUCGAUUCCGAUCUAUCUCCCAAAUUGGUGAAGUGGAAUCAAAGCCUAGAUUGCUGCAUGUGGGAAGGUGUAACUUGUGAUGCCGGAGGUCAUGUUACGGAUCUUGAUUUGAGCGACAAAAGGAUUGUAGGAGGAAUUGACAAUUCAAGCAGUCUCUUUAAUCUCCAACAUCUCCAGAGUCUAAAUUUGGCAAACAACCACUUCACAUCUAACUUUCCUUCCAGGUUUGAUAAACUUUCAAACUUGAGUCAUCUUAAUCUCUCACAUGCUGGUUUCACAGGGCAAAUUCCAGAAGUGAUAACAAAUUUCACACAGCUUGUCUCUCUAGAUUUUUCAUCCAACAAUUUUUCUGGUCCAAUUCCAUCUUUUUCAUUUGCCAAAAAUCUUACCCACCUAAACCUUGCCCACAAUCAGUUAACUGGUUCAAUUCUCUCCACUAACUGGUCAAGUCUUUCCAAGCUUGAGUUUAUUAAUUUGAGAGACAAUGCACUAAGUGGAACUCUCCCCGCAACUUUGUUUGAAAUUCCAUCUUUGCAAAGUUUAAUACUCUCACAAAAUCAGUUCACUGGUGAAUUGCAUGAAACCCCAAAAUUAGCUUCCUCUACAUUGGAAUCCCUUGAGCUGGAUGGUAAUAUGUUGAAUGGAUCUCUCCCAAUGUUUGUAUUUGGACUCCAGAGCCUCCAGGUCCUCAUCCUCUCUUCCAAUAAUUUUAGUGGUCCAUUAAAUUUAAGUUCAAUUUUGAACCUCACGAAUCUUUCUACUCUUGAUCUCUCAUUCAAUAGCUUGUCCAUCAAUGCAACCAUUUCCGAUCAUGUUUCUGUUUCCCAAAUUCAAACAUUAAAAUUAGCUUCUUGCAACCUGGAAAGAUUCCCAAAUUUCUUGGAGGAGCAAUCCAAACUAUCAAUUUUAGAUCUUUCGGUUAACCAGAUUUAUGGGGAAAUACCUAAUUGGGUUUGGACUAGUUUGUCUCUUGAUUACUUUAAUCUUUCUCACAACAAGCUGGUGAAUUCCCAAAGACCUCUGCAAGCUUCAAAUUCUUCGUUGUCUGUCUUAGAUCUUCAUGACAACAAAUUGCAAGGUCAACUACCCAAGCUCUCGCCAUAUUUAAAAUAUGUAGAUUACUCAAGCAACAAUUUCAGCUCUAUUACACAAUUCUACAGCAACUCAAGUACCAUUUCCAUCAUCCUUCUUUCCAACAACAGCCUUCGGGGAAGUAUUCCUGAAUCAAUUUGCGGUGCUACAAAUCUUCAAAUCCUUGAUUUGUCAAAUAAUUACCUGAAUGGCACUAUUCCUCAAUGCUUGAAUGAGAUGGAGUCUCUUAAGGUGUUGGGCCUGAGUAGAAAUAACCUCAAUGGCAACAUCUCUGAUAAAUUUUCAAGUAAUUGUUCGCUACAAACACUAAACCUCGAUGGAAACCACUUGGAAGGGAAGGUUCCUAUAUCUCUAGCCAACUGUGCAAACUUGGAGGUCUUAGACCUUGGGAACAACCAGAUCAGUGAUACUUUUCCAUGCCAUUUGAAGAACAUGUCUAAAUUGCGAGUCUUGGUAUUGAGGUACAACAACUUUCAUGGGUUGAUUAAUUGCCUGGAUGACAAUUCCUCCUGGUCAUUACUUCAAAUUGUCGAUCUUUCUUCUAAUCAUUUUAGGGGAGAAUCGCCUGAUCGUUGGUUACAAACCUGGAAGGCAAUGAUGGAUGCUUCGGAUGAGCUCAAAGUCCUUGUUUUGCAGGAUAAUUUCACUCCUCAUUUCUUCCAAAAUGGAGAUUUCCCUCUGUCGACUGCUGGUGUCCAUAACUUUCCGGUCCUCCUGCCGACACCUAACUUUCAUCGCCGUUCUUAGUCGAUUUCUUGAGGAUCAACGAUCGUAAUGGGUCCAAUUCAGAAAAGCCGCAAUUUCAAUAUGCUGCUCUUUUCACUGGAACCGGCUGCGAAUUGCUGUUACUUGGCCGGCGUAACCUGCGGCAACCGGGACCCAAUUAUUGGACGUUGAAGGUAGUGAGUAGCGGAUAUCAGUUGAAUGGAAAUCGAAAACUCAAGCGAUUCGUGUGAUCUUUCAUCAUCUUCAGAGCGUCAAUUUAAAGCUAUGUGGCCUGAGAAUAUAACUGCUGGAGUUAGGUUGAGUCCUGGUGGCCUUUAUAGUAUUAAGAGCUAUUGAAGGAGGAAUAGAAAAGAGAACGGAAGUCAAGUUCAUAAUUUUCUUGAAAGCAUAUAUCGAAGAAUAAAUUGAUUAAUUAUAG